UUCCGUUGAAUUAAACGAACAAAACAUUAAUAAAAGAAACUGAUAGACACAGAAUCAUAACUUUACGUAAUCCAUAGUUGAAAACUCUAAAUUCUCUGUUCUGUUAUGUUCUCUGUUCCAAAACCAAACUUCAUUACAAAGAACGUUCUCUCUUCAAUUACAAUGAACAAAAGCAAAAACAUCCUCGUCUUCCUCAACCUUCCAAUCCACACACUCUUCUCUCUUUAGUGUCUUAAUUCCAAUUCUCUUUUUUCUUCUUUCCGACACAUAUUACACAUACGGGCAUAUAUACGUACAUACGUAAGCUACAUACAGUAAAAAAUUUAAUUACGAUACGAAUGGCGGCCGCGGCUUUUGCAAUAUCCGUCGCGUUGUUGGCUGCGGCGGCGGCGGUUGGUGGCGGAUCGCCGGUGAGUCUGCCGCUGGAAAGAGCGUUUCCGACGAAUCACGGAGUGGAGUUGAGUGAGCUGAGAGCUCGCGAUGCGCUGAGGCAUCGCAGAAUGUUGCAGUCUUCAAACGGCGUCGUUGAUUUCCCCGUCCAAGGCACCUACGAUCCCUUCCAAGUCGGGCUUUACUUUACAAAGGUACAGUUGGGUACUCCUCCAGUGGAAUUUUAUGUGCAGAUUGACACUGGCAGUGAUGUUCUCUGGGUCAGUUGUAGCUCCUGCAGUGGUUGUCCUCAGACAAGUGGGCUUCAGAUUCAGCUAAAUUUUUUUGACCCUGGGAGAUCAUCAACAUCUUCAUUGAUAGCUUGUUCUGACCAAAGGUGCAACAGUGGCAUACAGUCAUCAGAUGCCAGCUGUUCCAGCCAGAACAACCAGUGCUCAUACACUUUCCAGUAUGGUGAUGGAAGUGGAACAUCAGGCUAUUAUGUGUCAGAUAUGAUGCAUCUGAACACUAUUUUUGAGGGUUCUGUGACCACUAAUUCUACAGCUCCUGUAGUUUUUGGUUGUAGCAACCAGCAGAGUGGGGACUUGACAAAGUCUGAUAGAGCAGUUGAUGGAAUAUUUGGAUUUGGGCAACAGGAAAUGUCUGUGAUCUCUCAGCUAUCCUCACAGGGGAUAGCUCCAAGAGUAUUCUCUCAUUGUCUGAAAGGAGAUAGCAGUGGAGGGGGCAUAUUGGUUCUUGGUGAGAUUGUGGAGCCAAACAUUGUUUACACCUCACUUGUUCCAGCACAGCCUCAUUACAAUUUAAAUCUACAGAGCAUCUCUGUCAAUGGCCAAACCUUGCAAAUUGAUUCCUCAGUUUUUGCAACAUCAAACAACAGAGGUACCAUUGUUGAUUCUGGAACAACUUUGGCGUAUCUUGCUGAAGAGGCUUAUGACCCCUUUGUCAAUGCGAUCACAGCUACAAUUCCACAAUCUGUACGCACUGUUGUUUCCAGAGGAAAUCAAUGUUACUUACUCACCACUAGUGUCACUGACGUUUUCCCUCAAGUAAGUCUGAACUUUGCCGGUGGGGCAUCUAUGCUUUUGAGACCACAGGACUAUCUGAUACAGCAGAAUUCUAUUGGUGGUGCAGCAGUGUGGUGUAUUGGUUUUCAAAAACUCCAGGGUCAAGGGGUAACAAUUCUAGGAGAUCUCGUAUUAAAAGACAAAAUUGUUGUUUAUGAUCUGGCUGGUCAACGCAUUGGAUGGGCUAACUUUGACUGUUCUUUGUCAGUGAAUGUAUCUGCAACAACUGGCACUGGCAGAAGUGAAUUUGUGAAUGCCGGAGAGAUAGGUGGAAGCAUUUCUUUACGCGAUGGACUUAAGUUGAGAAAGAGAGGGAUCUUGGCUUUCCUUGUGCAUGUAACACUAAUUUACUGCAUUGGAUUCUUAUAGCAUUUACAUAUUCUUAUACAUUGUAAGAGAUAUUCUUUUUUUCAUAUGCAUAUUCUUUUGCCGGUAUAUAUUUGUCACAAUCGGCAAGACCACAUUAAGUUUAACGUUGUUUGUGUCUCCUCUCUGCACAAUAGGCUUGUUCAGUUUAUCCUCAGAUGACUCUGUUAUCAUGUAGAAUCAGUUACUCUUCACUUUUGUCAGUGUUGUAAAUUACUUCACAGGAUUACUGUUUUUAAUGCAUACACAUGGUAUAAAAUAUAGCUUUUUCUUC